CAGAACUGCAGGGAAUACACGAUGCAUGUCGUUAUGUCAACAUGGACCAGAAUCACAAAGAAAUGUUUUCCAACAUCUUGUGGAAUCCAGGCCAUGAAGAAUGGAGGCUGUGUUGAGAGCGAAGCGAGGCCCUACUCUGAAUUAGUAUAGUGUUCCUAAUAAAGUGCCGUGUGAGCGUAUGUGUACAAUCCAAACGAAAUGACAAAAAGGAGAAGAAACGUCGAGUCUAGAAACAAAAUACUGUCCCAUUUACGCAGACAAACCACUCGAUUUAAGUGAUUUGGUGCAGACGAGCAAUCCGAUUGGGCCAAGUUCCUGAUUGACACACGGACGAACCAAUGAGGACUCUCCGACGUUACGCACGUGACGUCACAGCGCCAUAAAAGCGGAAGCGUUUUAGCGAAUGGAACAGUGAGAGCCGCCAUCAGCUGUUUAGAGCCGCAGUCACCUCGGAAUAAAACUGUAAACACGGCUUUAAUUCACACCUGGGGCGCUGCAUAUGAAGCUUCACGCCGUUAUAGAGGUAAAUAAUGGACGCUUUGUGGUCGAGCUCAGUAACGGAUCUGUCCAUGCAGGACAGCCAGGUACACCUGAAGCAGGAGCAGGAGGAAGAGGAGGAGGAAUUUCAGGAUUUUUUCCCUGACUCUUUUAUGCCGACGAUGCAACCCGUGUCCACGCUGAUGCAGCACCAUGAAGACAACGCCGGAGAGAUACACACACCGCAUGAAGACGUGAACAGUCUGAUACUUGAUAUUAAAACCGAACCAGAUCUAUUGGAUAUCGAUUCAUUUGUAUACAGCGACGCGCAUGAAGUUUUAUCGACCUCUAAAGACCGAUGGGAUUGUGAAUCUGAACAGGAGAACGAGUACACCUUCGAGCAGUGUGACGAUGGACGCAGUAUGUUAACUAUUAUUAAAACGGAGCCUCCUGAAGAAGAACUGAGCUUCUGUGAUGAGCUGCAAUCAAACUGUAAAACCGAGUCAAGAGAAAUAUCUAAUAGUGAAGAAGAGGAGGAAGAAGAAGAAGAAUGUGACAUAUCACUAGAGGAAAAUGAGGAGGUAAACAUGACAGGCGAGUGCUCCUACCUGCCCUCCGCGAAAGUCUUUAAGUCAUGCUCUGAAUGUGGAAGGAUGUUUCGUACCUCGUCCUCGUACAACAGACACAUGAGGAUACACAGUGGUGAAAGACCUUUCCAUUGCUCUCAGUGCAAUAAGACCUUUACGCAGUUCUCUUCGCUUAAAAUCCACCAAAGGAUACACACCGGAGAAAAGCCAUACCACUGCUCCGAAUGUGAGAAAACGUUCAGCCGCUUAGACGCUCUUCACCUCCACCAGAGAACUCAUACCGGGGAGAAGCCGUACAAGUGCGCUCACUGUCCCAAAACCUUCACUCGCCAACACGUGCUUCAGAACCACCAGAGGACGCACACCGGAAUAAAGCCGUAUCAAUGCUCGCACUGCGCUAAAACCUUCACGCGCUUAUGCAGCUUUAAAAUCCACAAGAGAAGGCACACUGGGGAGAAACCCUACCUGUGUGGAACCUGUGGAAAACAGUUUGUGGAUGCCUCGAAUCUGAAGAACCACCAGAGGACACACACGAAAGAGCGGCCGUAUCGGUGCUCGCAGUGCGACAAGACCUUCAUUCAGCUCGGGCAUCUCACAAGCCACCGCAGAAAAACACACAGUGACUGUAUCAUGACUGUAACGGUGCUCUGACCUGUGGGAAGAUUACACCUCCAUUAUCUACACUCCUUUACUGUAAGAACACGCACUCGUAUCCGGGAGAAGAAAUGGCUCUCCAAUCUGCUUUUCAAUGCACUACAUUAAGCAUCGAAUUAAUGACUGGUGCAUAAAUAUAAUUUAUGUUUGGACACGAGGGUCUAAACCCUGAUUUAAGAGUCGUGUCAUCUUUUCAUUUUCUGACAACAAUACUAUUUGAGUAUUUUUUAUUUAUUUUUCUUAGUUUCCAGGUUUUUUUUUUUUUUUUUUAAAUGCCAAAGAUAUUGUGCAGUAAAAAAUGAAUGCGUUCUUUGUAUAGUCUGUUUGUAUGAUGUUGCUCAAUGAAUGCAAGAAUGGUCAGAAAUCUAAAAGAACGAUCACUACACGGUUUGUUCCACAAUCAUGCACAUCAAAGUGUGUAUAUUUUGAUUUAAAAUAGGGUUCAAAUGUCAGUGGUUCAAACUGUAACAAUUUUUUUUUACUUCUGAUUAUUUAGAACAGCUUUCAUCUUUAUCAUUUUGACUAUGUUUUGAGAAACUACUUCUAAUACUAGUAGUUGUACAUAUAAUGUACAUCAUUAUUUUAUUGAAGGCUAUAUAAUAGUGGGACACUAACAGGCUGCUUGUUACUCUUUAUCUAACCCUAAUUAAUGCUUCAUCCAGGACAUGGGACACAAUUUCCUAUUUUACAGACUAUAAAGCCAGUUUAAGCCGUUUAAAUGUUAGAUGUUGGGUCCACCAUCCUUUAGAUUUUCGUGAUAAAUUCUUCAGAACUUGCUGCCAGAAUACUGCCACACCUACCCCAGAUCAGACUGGAUCUCAUGCAUGCUAUGGAGCAGAACUUAUAUCUGGGCCACGAAUUAAAACGCCGCCCAAGCGUUGGUUCCGUUUAGGUCUUUUUUUUGUUUUUUGCAUCAGACUACAAAUGACAUAAAUAUAAAUUAAUGUGGCUGUCAUCAGGGCCAAUUUCAGCCCACAGUAUUUUCCAUGAGCAUACCUCGUGUUACAAAACUCUGGCCAUAUUUGUUCCUGGAAUUCUCUGCUGUGCUGGAAGGUGGCGCCACAAACAUUAAUUCCGCUCGACACUUCCCUUAUUUAAUAAUCAGAACAAAUAAACCAUUAAAAACCAUAUGUAUUACACCAAAGAAUCUGGUCUGUUUAAUGCCAGGUGAUCUUAUGUUAAUAAUGUCAUCUAAUAUAAUCAUGGAAAUAUUUUUAUUUGAUUUGAAAUUACUGAUUGUUUGUGUAUCUUUUGAAAGUUGUUAGUUUGAGCAAUCUGUCAGCCUUUAUUACUAAGUGAACUGUUAUUAAUAAAAACAGUGUAAUACCAUUCUCUUUCUUCAUUGAACUGAGCAGUUUUGUAGUCUGUCUGUAGCCAGAUUCUGGAUGUCCACCACUCUGAGACCCGAUGAUGAUGAUGGAGGUGAUGAUGAUGAUUAUGAUGAAGGUGAAUGUUCGGUGUCGGUCUGAAAUCGAGCUGCAGUAGAUCUGUAAUUGCUGAUCUCACCGUGUCCGAUACCACAAAGCUGGAGGAGAAAAAGACCUGGCUGAAGAGUCUGUUGGAGAUUUUGGAAGUCAAAUUAAAACACAAAGUCGAAGGAGAACUCAAGAACCACAGCAAACAGGUUUGUUUCAUUCAGGAGCCAAAGCACUAUGCAGUCACAUUAUUCAGUCUUAAAGUUCUCCUGAAAUCAGAAUUAGUGAGGGUUUUUUUUUUUUUUUUCGUCCUGUAUCUUAGUGUUAUGGACACCAAUAAGAUAGUAUCCUGUACAAAAAAAGAAAAAAACAGUAGAUAAUUUUAUAUUUCAUCAGUUACAGGAAAACAAUUCACUUUUUUUAUUAUUAUUCAUCCAAUUAAAUGUCCCGCCCCCC